AUGGAAGACGGUUUGCCCUCAGUGUCAGCCAGCGGCGCUGUCGGCUCAAGAUUCAUUUCUCAAAAUGACCUAGAGGAGGCCAAGGCCCGCAGAGACGAACAGUGGAAAGCAGCAUAUGCCAGGCUCGGACAGGUUCCUCCGCCGCAGCCUGUGGAAGAUUCUUUCGAUGGUCGAAGUCUAGCAGAGAAAUUAGCCGCGAACAGGGCUGCAAAGCAGGAAGAAUGGGAGGAGAAAACGAAGUUAGCAAAUCAAUUUCGAGCACUAGAAGAGGAUGAGAUCAUGUUUCUAGAUUCUAUCAGAGAAAAGCAGGCCGAAGAAGAACGCCUCCGCAAAGCACAGGACGGCGAGGAGCUUUCAGAUUUCAGAAAGUAUGCCUCCGUUCAUUAUUUUUCCGUCGCUGACAUUGAGGAUCCACAAAGAGCUGUUGCAGCUAGGGAAAAUGACCUCAACAAGCCUACACAGCCUGUGACGCAACCACGAAAACAGAGUGAUGAUACUCCGGAGAAGCCUAAAGCUCCCGUAGUGACGUCCAAGAAAGAUGUCAAGAAAUCAUUGAAGGGUGUCGUAGUGAAGAAGAGACCAAAGUCUCAUGCUCCAACACCCAGCGAAUCGAAGGCGAAGGAAUCUAGUAAGAACAUCGAUGAGGAUGCACCACCAGUCACAAAACGUCGCAAGAUCUCCGGAUCAUGA